AUGCCUGAUGAGGACAAAAAGCUGAAGAGCACAGAAAAAGCAACAGACAAAAAGCCUCCUGGGAUCUCUAUGAGGGACUAUUUUGAUCUAAAAAAGCUCCAGUCUCUCUUAAGUGUUCAGUCAAGGAACCAACAGCUUCCAGCUAUAUAUAUUGAAAGUGGUCAAAACAGUGCAACAAGAAUGGAAAAUGUCAAAAGCAGUGAACAAAAGUCCAAUGGUCAAUGGCAAGAAACCAUAGAAGCUGUUGAGCUUGAGAAAUUUAGUGUGACCUACAAGAAUGAGAGAAAUUUUAGCAAACAUGCCAAGCAUCAUCUGUUUCAAGAUAUCUUUACAACUUUAAUUCAAACAUUUUUGAAUUGCAUUUGGUUUAUGUUUUGAAUAUUACAUUUACAGGCAGCGGUUAUUCAAGCUCUGUCCAUCCAUUUUCUUAGAGUAUUAAUCUGCCUGAGAUUAUUAAGGGAUCUGUGCUACCAGGAACUGCUCCACAGCCUGGGUGGAAUUGAAAAUCUAGCUCAGGAUAUGGAAACAGUAGCAAAUCAUUAUCGUAAUUGCAGAGAAGAGCGGCAUAAUGUAGACAAGUUGGCCAACAUGACAUACAUUUUCCAAAAGCCUGUUGCUGUUAAAAAUCAAAGAGAAUGGGUUAUAGCAAGUGGAGCACACAGAACCUUAGUAAAUUAGUUAUCUGACAGAAACAGCCAUGUGUUUUUCAGUUCCCUCCUUGUUUUGCUUAGCAGAAAGGAAAGAAGUCUUGUGUCUGACUGCUCUUCAGCUGGAAGUUCAUCUAGUGCAAAUGCAGCAGGGAGAAUCCAGUGUCUUCAUUUGUCAGAUGAGCUGAGUCCUGAUGAGAUAGAAGAAAAUACUUUAUCAAAUCAAGCAGUUUGUUGUGCUAUAGUUAUUGAACUGGUGCUCAAUGAGACUAAUGCUUAGCAGGUUGUACAGGUGGGAAGACUUUAUUCAGUUAAAGCCCUGAAAUUUCUCUACAGUAUGGAAAGAAAUCGACAUAUUUUUUAAAAACUUUUCUAUACUGACUUGUUUGAUUUCCUUGAUAUAGGACAUUAGGUGUAUGAUCUCAGAGCUUUUGAAGGGUUGGUAUUAAAGCUAAGGAUAAAUAUUUUAAAUGAGGAUGUAUUGAAGCAAAUUGCUGAAAGUAUUGAGAACAUGAAUCAGAAUAAGGCACCCACAAAACAUGUAGGAAAUUAUGCAAUUUUAGAGCACCUUGGCAAUGGAGUUUUUGGAAUUGUAUAUAAGGUUAGAAAACAUAACGGACAACAUCUCCUGGCAAUGAAAGAAGUCAAUUUAAACAAUCCAGCAGUUGGAAAGGACAAAAACAGAGACAGCAAUGUAGAAAAUAUUGUCUCUGAAUUAACCAUUGUCAAAGAGCAGAUUUAUCAUCCAAAUGUUGUACAGUAUUACAGAACCUUCUUGGAAAAUGACAGAUUGUACAUGGUCAUGGAGCUCACAGAGGGGGUGCCAUUGGGAGAACACAUUCACUCUUUGGAGGAAAAGCAGCAACAGUUUACAGAAGACAGAAUAUGACAUAUAUUUAUCCAACUUUGUCUAGCUCUUCAUUAUUUGCAUAAAGAAAGGAUUGUUCAUUGAGAUCUCAUUCCAAACAACGCCAUGUUGGGGGAUAAAGACCAAAUUUAAUUGGUAAGCUCUUUAAAGUUGUGUGUCAUUGCAAUUGUAAACAGACAUUUACAGUCUGAUCCUAGCCAGGCUGUUUCUGACUUUUGGGCUUGCAAAGAAAAGCAAGAAAACUGCAAACCUGCAUCAGUAGCGGGAACCAUCCUAUACUCACGCAAGGAAUUAGUAAAGGGUGAGCGGUAUGGAGAGAAGGCUGAUGUCUGGGCUGCAGGAUGCAUCCUUUAUCAGAUGGCCACUCUGAACGCACCAUUUUACAGCACCAAUAUGCUCUUCUUGACAGCUAAGAUAGUAGGGGCUGUGUAUGAACGUAUGCCAGGACUGUACUCUGAAAAAAUGUAAUUUACCAUUAAGAGAUGCUUGACUCCGGACGUAGGGGCAUGUCCAGACAUGGUAGAGGUCAGCUCACUGCUGUCUGAUGUGAUGAUGAAAUACUUGGAUGUUUUAUCCACUUCUCAUCUCAUGUUGGAGGAGAAACUGGAUCAGGAGAGGAAAUGAACCCAAAGGUACUUCACGGAGGCUAGUUGAAAUGCAGUAACGUAUCACCAGCAGCUUUCUAUUUUAUCACAAAAAAAUGAUGAGAAGUUGAGUCUUCACAAUAGCAGCACUGGAGCAGCCAGUUGCAAACAUGAAUUUUCAGGAAAUAGUGACCUUCCUGUUGACAGCUGUCAGUCUGCACAUGGAAAAGAUGAGGAAAUAACAUACAAAGCAAUUCUGCUAGAGGGUUACAGGACUAUGGAGAAAGAUAUUUUCUCUGAAAUAGACAAUGACAUAGACAUGGUGGACAAUUCAAGCAGCUCCAGUUCAAGUAAUUUGAAAGAGUCUGCUAUUGGUAAGAUUCUUCAAGAAUCACUACUUUCUAACCGUAAAGCAGUUGUUUAAGAUUAUGUUGAUAGUUCUGGAUCAAAACCACGAUCAGCAUCGGCAGGAAUUGCUGUAUCACAAAGAAAGGUACAUCAGAUCAGUGACCCUGUUCAGCAGAUUCUUAUUCAGCUGCACAAAAUUAUCUUCACCACUCAACUUCCCCCAGCUUUGCAAUGCACCUUAAAAAGGAGAAUCAUCAAGAGAUUCAAAAAGUCCCUCUUCAGUCAGCAGAGCAAUCCUUGUAAUCUGAAAUCAGAAAUCAAAAAUCUGCUAUAAGGUUCUCAUGAAUUGAUUUAACCCAAUACCUUUAUAGAAGAUUGCCAUGGGGUGCAUCUUUUUUCAGGUGGAAAUAUGUUGCUUCCAGAUGAUAGAAAAGGCAUUCUUGGCACUUCUGGCAUGCCAGAGGGGAUGACAUAUGAGCAGUUGCAGACUCUAAUUGAAGAGGUCAUAGAGGAAAGUGAUUAUUACAGUUUCUCUUCUUCAGCACAUUUUUUUUUUCCCCCUGAGUCACACAAUUUCUUUAACAGCACCUGUAGUAUCUUAUCCACAAUCAGUGCUGAUCUGUGUUCUCUUCAUGGGAUUCGUAGCAAAGACAAAAUUGAUUUUCGAGUGCAUUUUGGAGGAAUGGAGUGA